AUGGCGGUGGGGAAGCCGAGCGGCUCCCCGGGGGGGUUCCGCUAUGGCAGCGGAGCGGGGCCGCAGAGGGCGGUCGGGGAAGGCUGCUCCUGUCCCGCGGUGCAGCUGCAGCGCCCCCUCCGCCCCGCAGCGUGCGCGGGAGGGCUGCGGGGGCUGAGCCGAGCACGCCCCGGUGCGGAGGUGCCGGGUGGCCGCAGAGGUUCGCUGUCAAUGAAUGGGCCCCCGGCCAUGAGAGUGCGAGAUGGAGGAGCGGGGGGGGAGAGCGCCGGGCAGGGAAAGCGGCGGGGGAAGGAGGGGGGAAAGGAGUCGGGAGCAGGAGAAAAGAGCGGCGGCGGUGGGGGAAGAAAUUGGCAGAGGGAGAAAGAACGGAGUACUGCGGGGGAAGGAAUGAGGGUUAGAGGAAAGGAGCGGAGUGCCAGGAGGGAAGGGAGCGGGGGGGCGAGAGUGGGGGCGGCAGGAAGGAAGGAGCGGGAGAACAGCGAGAUGGAGGAGGGAGAGGAAGGGGGAUGGGGAGAACGCCAUCCCCGCGGGGCGGGGGCACGAACGCCGCCCCUGGGGGGGCAGACGGGCGGCUGUGCCCGGUGA